UUGGAGUGCGCCCGAGCACCAAAGGAUCUUGGGUUCAAUUCCCGGUCAAUGGCAUGUACCUGGGUUGCAGAUUUGAUCCUGGCCUCCAGUUAGGGAGUGUCCAGGAAGCAACCCCCUCCCUCCCUUCAAAUUUCUCUAAAAAUCAAUGGAAAAACAUAUCCUCAGGUGAGUGUUAACCUCACCUCCCUACCCCCCUGAAAAACAGACUGAAAAUUGAAGCAUCAACUGGGGGAAUAUAUCCGAUACAUAUUUCUGAUGAAAAAUAAAUUAGACAAAUCAAAUUUUUAAAAAAUUGUAUUUCAAAUGACACCAUCAUGAAAGUGAAAAGACUAUUCACAGAAUGGUAGAAAAUAUUUACAAAUCAUAUCAGAUAAGGAUCUUGUAUCUAGAAUGUGUAAUAAAACCCAAUUAAAGCCCUGGCCGGUUUGGCUCAGUGGAUAGAGCAUCGGCCUAGGGACUGAAGGGUCCCGGGUUUGAUUCCAAUCAAGGGCAUGUGCCUUGGUUGCAGGCAUAUCCCCAGUGGGGGAUGUGCAGGAAGCAGCUGAUUGAUGUUUCUCAUCGAUGUUUCUGGCUCUCUAUCCUUCUCGUUUCCUCUCUGUAGAAAAUCAAUAAAAUAUAUAUAUUUUUUUUUUUUUUAAAAAAAACAGACAAAAAUAGCAAAAGAUGCCCUGCCGGUAUGGCUCAGUGUUUGAGCAUCAACCAUGAACCAAGAGGUCACCUGUUUGAUUCCUGGUCAGGGCACAUACCCGGGUUGUGGGCUCCAUCCCCAGUAAGGGGUGUGCAGGAAACAGCCAAUUGGUGUUUCUAUCUCUCUAUCCUCCCUUCCUCUCUAAAAUCAAUAAAAACAUUUUUAAAAAUAAAAUGAAAAUAGCAAAAGAUUAAAACAUUUUUCUCCAAAGAUAACAUGAAUAGCUAGUAAGAACAUUAAAAGAUGCUCAACAUCUUAGUCAUCGGGAAUAAUUACUUUAAAACUACAAUAAAAUGCCACUAAAACUUUAAAAGACCGAGAAUACCAAGUGUUGGUGAGGAUAUGGAGCAAACAGAACUCUCAUAUUGCUGAUAAGAAUGUAAAAUGUUAUAUUUCUUACAAAAUUAAUGUAUACUUACCCUAUGACUAGCAACUCUGUUCACUCAAGAGAAAUAAAAACAUGUGUCCCAAAAUAUAUAAUUGUUUACAGUACUUUAUUUAUAAUAUCUGAAAAUUGGAAACCCAAAUGCUAUCAACAGUUGCAUGGAUGAGUUGUAUUAUAAUCAAUGGAAUACUAUUCAGCCAUUAAAAAGAAUGAAGUACACAAUGCACAGUAACAUAGAUGAAUCUUAGAAACAUGCUGAGUGAAAGAAGCUAGACAUGAAAAAGUACAUAUUGUGUUAAUUCCUUUACAUAAAAUUUUAGAACACAAAAAAAUAUGUCUCAAACAGUUGCAAAGUGUCAGCUGAAAUUGGUCUGGCCUGUAUGCUUGCUUGAGGUUGGUCUGCUUCUAACUUUGCUCAGUUUCUUGAAAGAUAUAGGUCCUCUCCAUGGAGAAGCUCAUAACAUGCAGCUAGCUUCCCACAGAAUGGACGAGUGAGAGAGUACAAGGUAGAAGUCAGCCAUUUUUGUAACCUAAUCUUUUUUUCUUAGUGACUUUCAAACUUUAAAUGCUAACCCACAAUAAAAUACAGAUUGUAUGGCACAAUCCAGACUGACAUAUGCAUACAUAUAUAAUCUGAAUAAAUGCAUACACAUUAAAUAACAAGUUUCAUAAAACAAUACUUUUGUAUUACAUGUAAUGCUCUGUGAUUGUGUUCUAUCUUGUUUUUUGUUUUGUUUUGUUUUGUUUUGAGGGGGGAGUGGUUAAUCCUCACCCGAGGUAAUUUUUCCAUUGAUUUUUAGAGAGAUUGGAUGGGAGAGGGAGAGACAGAGAGAAAAAUUUGUGUGAGAGAGACACAUCAAUUGGUUGCCUCCUGCCUGCACCCCGACCAGGACCGAGGAACCUGCAACCAAGGUACGUGCCCUUGACCAGAAUCAACCUGGGACCUUUCGGUCCUCAGGCCAAUGCUCUAUCCACUGAGCCAAACCAGCUAGGGCUCUUGUUUUUUUUUAAAUGCCAGUUAUGACUCAUUAAAUUGUGUUGACCACUAAUGGUCACAUCCUAUUUGAACAUGCCCUCGGAGGUGCUUUUGCAACAUUUCUAGUAUUUAAUGUCACCUAGAAACACAAAAGAAGUACUGUCACCAUAAAGAAAUGACAGCCCAGUGCACCCUGAAUCUGUGGACUUUGAAAACCUACCUCUUCAGAGUGAAGAACUCAGGGUAUUUAGAUUAGGGAUUUCCAAAGUAUUGACAAAUGCAGUUAUGGAGGACAGCUUAAGCAAGGAUUUUGCAGAAAUACAGCCUUUGCUCUGACACUCAGAUCUGGGGAUUUACAGUUGGCAACUUCCUGGGGAAUAUCUCACUCCCCCCCCCCACACACACACACACACUGGUUGCUUCCUUUCCUCUUGGCUAUUAGCCCCUAAGGGUGCAUCCCAUAAUUUUCACAGCUAAUAGAACCCAGGCUGGAGACUUCCUGUCCCAUUAAUAAAGCAUUCCUGUGUCUUCUGGACACUUUUCCCACAAAAAACUAAGAAAAUAUUUUGUGGCCUCCCCAGAGAUUCACGGAGCAUGUUUGCCUGUGAAAGACUGAAAGGUCCUGCAGUAGACAAACCUGUUACCUUUUUAUUUUUAAUCUUAGGAUUUUACAAAUUUAUUUGUCCACAGACACUUCCUCCCUGUUUUUCCCCUCCCCUCCCCUAAAGUUCCUUUACACCUAAGGCCCCCCCUGGGAAUAAUUGUGGAGUAAAUGAAAUGGGUCUUUGUUUGAACCACCUAGUAACACAUCUCAGACUCCAGGAACCACCACCAUCCCCUUAUGUCUAAGUCCCUCUCCCAUCCCCCUUUCCUGUCUGGCCCAUCUUCCUGGACCCUAGUGUCUUCAGGCCCAGGGAGAAGAGGAUUGAGAUGGAAUACAAAAGGACUGGGUCAAUGGGUUGCCCCACCAGGAGAAUUGGCACAGUUCUCAGUACCUAGCCAAGAACUGACUCUAAUUCAGGCAUUGCAAUGAGUCCAUGGGAGGAGAGGGAGUGAGGAGGGAUGGAGCUGGAGCCCUGAGACUCUAGGAAUUCCCAGCCUUCUUAUCACAGGGCCAUCAUGUUCAUUCUCCUUUCUUUUCCAGCUGAUGCCCAUGUGACAAGAACAGAAAUUCAUACCUCACCCCCACCCCCACCCCCACCCCCAUGACACUUCCCAGGGUUGUCCUCUUCCUAGGACCAUCUCUGGCAGCAAAAUGUUCCUUCCACCUUCCACCUGCUCCCAUCCUGUUCCCCUCUCCCCGGACCACAACACUUUCAAUCCCAAUUAAGUAAAAUUUCCCAGCUGGCUAAGGCAGUUUGGGCACCCUGUGUGGCAGGGUCACAGGACAAACACCAUGUGCUGGGCCACGCUGAACAGGAGACUCGAGUCAAGGAGAAACGGCGUUGUUGCCGAGGGAAGGCCUUGGAGGAAUUGACUGGCCCCGAGGUGGUGUUGGCCGCCUCCUCCACCGGGGCCUCGGGCCAGCAGCUUGGAGAAGAGGCAGCUGAACCCGCUCACAGUGGUGACCGCUGGCUCUGAGGUGAGAGCCCAAAGGCCACCUGGCAGAUUCCUGCCACAGAGCCCAGGAGUCACAUUGGUGACAAGCUCAGAGCUCUCCAUCCAGUUCCGGCAGCAUGAGAAAGAGCGUCCUGGAAGAAGCGCACGGGAGGGGGGGUCGGUGGCCCAGGUGAGCACAGUGAGGUGGUUGCCAUUGAGGUGCAGAACGAGGGGGCCCAAGAGGUCUGGAAGACGCCCUCCUCCACGAAGGCGAUACUGUUGCAAUCCAGGUAGAGCAGCAAACCAGAUAGACGCCACGAGUUGCCACCCAGGUUGAGCCUGGGGAGGUUGUGCAGCAGCUGAAGGCAUCCGGUUGUCCUUAAGGAGUAGGUGCUUCCUGGCACCACAGUUGGGGAGGGGAAGAGUGUUUGCAGGGAGCCGGAGGCCACCGCGCGUGGGUCAGGUAACCCAUCACUUGUGUCAUUCUUUUCAUUAUACUAAUAAGUAAGUCACUAGGUCCAGCCCACACCCAAGGGGUUGAAACCAGGAGAUGGGAUUAUUCAGGAAAUUCUUACAAGUCAAACUUAAUUUAAAAGUAAUGUUUUAUAUGUAAUAAUACAGAAUGACCAUGUAUAGUAUCUGUUACUAGAAGACGUUCCCGCUGCGGCGUCCGUGGGCUCCGCGAAGGUGCUGGGCUCAGGCUGCCCCGCCGCCUGAGCUCCAGUGCCGGCGGCCGGCCGCAGCCGAGGCGCGUGGGCAGCCGCUCGGCUCGUUGGGACGUUCCGCUUCUCCCGCCUCUGCCCGGCGGCUGCGGAGGCCUCGGUGCCGCCCGCCUCCUGUGCCCGCGGCGGGGGUGCCCGCACGGCCAGGGCGCUGGUCCACCGUGGGGUCCGGUGACGUGCGCCGCGGGUCCCACUCCUCAUUUGUGCGGUGGCGGGGCCGGGCGUCUCCUUGAGCUUCAGACGCAAGGAGUUGACCCGGAGAGAAGUUGUGUGUCGGAGACGCACGGUAUCCCGGUUGGGGUGGCCUUGGUGGAGCCGAGAGGGGAGAAGUACGAUGGCGCUUUCCCUGUGAUGUGGCUGGCAUGGAGGGAUGGAUGGCACGUUCUGGGGACCGAGACUUGGGUGGAGUGAGGACUCAGCUUCCUGCCUCCACGAAGACAUUGCGCCGGAGGCACCCGUCUUCUCUCCAGCGUCUAAGAUUUCAAAACCCGUGGCUCAGUAAGUAGGGCACCUCCGGCUCGGGACCAUGCCAGCCCACGAGCUGCUCCGGUAUUUUCGGAUACCAGAGCUGGCCGAUUUCCGACAGUACGUCCGCGCGCUCCCAGCCAACUCGCUCACGGGCUUGGACGCGUUCACCGCUUUCACCAUCCUGUGGUUUGCCAUGAGGCCCAGGGCGCCCACGCCACCGCGCGCCCUCGCCAUGCAGUCGGUGGAGGUGGCGGGCAGCGGCGGCGCGCGGCGCUCCGCGCUCCUGGACAGCGACGAGCUCAUGGUGUACCUGUACGAGGACGUCAGGACCGUGUACCAAGCUUUCCAGAGGGGCCUCCGCCUGUCCAAUAACGGCCCUUGUCUGGGCUCCCGGCAGCCGGACGGGCCCUAUGAAUGGCUCUCCUACCAGCAGGUGGCGGAGAUGUCCGAGUGCAUGGGCUCGGCCCUGAUCCAGAUGGGCUUCGGGGCGGCACCGGACCAGAACAUCGGCAUCUUCUCCCAGAACAGGCCCGAGUGGGUAGUCAUCGAGUUCGGAUGUUUUGCUUACUCCAUGGUGGCCGUCCCCCUCUAUGACACCCUGGGAACCGAAGCCGUCACUCACAUCGUCAACACUGCGGAGCUCGCCCUGGUGUUCGUGGACAAGCCCGAGAAGGCCAGCCUGCUGCUGGAAGGGGUAGAAAACAAGGCGACCCCGGGCCUCAGAACCGUCGUGGUCAUGGACUCCUACGGCAGCGACCUGUCGGCACGCGGCGAGAGGUGCGGGGUGGAGAUCGUCAGCAUGAAGGCCGUGGGGGACCUGGGCAGAGCCCACCGAAAGACGCCCCAGCCGCCCGCGCCUGAAGACCUGGCAGUCAUUUGUUUCACAAGUGGGACCACCGGCCACCCCAAGGGGGCCAUGAUCACCCAUCGCAACAUGGUGAGCGACUUCUCCGCGUUUCUGAAAGUGACCGAGGAGGUCAUUCACCUGAAUGUCAGUGACACGCACUUUUCGUUUUUACCGCUUGCACACAUGUACGAGCAGCUCUUGCAGAGUGCGAUCCUGUGCCACGGAGCGAAAAUAGGCUUUUUCCAAGGAGACCUCAAGCUGCUUAUGGAUGACCUCAAAGUGCUUCAGCCCACCAUCUUUCCGGUGGUCCCGAGGCUGCUGAACCGGAUGUUCGACAGAAUUUGGGGGCAGGCCAACACCACCCUGAAGCGGUUGCUACUGGACUUCGCCUCCAAGAGGAAACAAACCGAGCUUCGCAAUGGCAUCAUUAGAAACGACAGCCUGUGGGACAAACUGAUCUUCCGCAAAAUACAGUCCAACCUGGGAGGGAAGGUCCGGCUGAUGAUCACCGGGGCUGCGCCCGUGUCAGACACGGUGCUGACGUUUAUGCGAGCGGCGCUGGGCUGUCAUUUCUACGAGGGCUAUGGGCAGACUGAGGGCACAGCCUGCUGCUCGAUGACCAUUCCCGGAGAGUGGACCGCAGGCCAUGUCGGUGCCCCACUGCCUUGCAAUCUGAUAAAACUCAUCGAUGUGAAAGAGAUGAACUACCUGGCUGCCAACGGCGAGGGCGAGGUGUGUGUGAAAGGCUCAAAUGUAUUUCAAGGCUACCUGAAGGACCCGGUGAAGACAGCGGAAGCUCUGGACAAAAGGGGCUGGUUGCACACAGGGGACAUCGGGAAAUGGUUACCGAAUGGGGCCUUGAAGAUCAUCGACAGGAAGAAGCAUAUAUUUAAACUGGCACAAGGAGAAUACAUAGCACCCGAAAAGAUCGAGACUAUCUAUGUACAGAGCGAACCCGUUGCUCAGGUGUUCGUCCAUGGAGACAGCUUGAAGGCAUUUCUCGUAGCGGUCGUGGUCCCCGACGUGGAGACGCUGGGCCUCUGGGCGGGGAAUCGAGGCCUGGUGGGAUCCUUCGAGGAGCUGUGCCGCAGCAAGGAUGUCAAGAAAGCCAUCCUAGAGGAUUUGGUGAGGCUGGGGAAGGACUCUGGCCUGAAGCCAUUCGAGCAGGUCAAAGGCAUCGCUCUCCACCCUGAACUGUUCUCUGUCGAAAACGGCCUUCUGACCCCGACAAUGAAGGCAAAAAGGCCACAACUUCAGAAUUAUUUCAAGUCACAGAUAGAGGAACUUUAUUCCACCACCAAAGUUUAAGCGAGGAGGAACUGUCAGAAGAAACCACACACCUCCACGAUCUUCUUCUCCUGGUGGCUUUCACGUUGGCAAUUUGACUACACGAGCAUAGGGAAGGGCACCCCUUGUUUGACUUGGGCAUUGGGCUCUUGUCAUAGGAAUAUUAGAGGAAGCGGGACUCUGCCUUGCAGUCACCUCGCAUGGCAGACCAUGUGCCCAUGUGGUGAUAUACCAUUUCCAAAAUGAGCCUUCACAAUAGUCAAGGGAAACUAUACAUGUGCUAAGUUAUUCGUGACUUCCUUCGUUCAGAAGGCGGAUGUGGAACUUCUGUCUCCCUGUUUUUCUAACCAAGGGACUAGGACUUGCUAUUUCUGAAUGUCUGCUGCUUGCUGCAAACUCUGUAGUCAUUGGCUGUUCGGAAGAAUACCUGCACUGGAAGGAAACUGUUCCUUAUGAACAACCGGGGACCCGGCUGGAGAAUGUCACAAGUGGACUAGAGAUUUUUUUUUUUUUAUUCCUGUCAGCUCCCCUUCCCCACCCCUUUACACAUGCUCAUGUACCCUUGGAUGAAGGCUUCUGAAACGCCUGCUCUUCCCCUCCAUUCCCUUAUUGUUCCUUUUGGAGCUGAAGUUUCCCAGGGAAGUGCAGAACAGACCGACUCAGGACAGUAAAGAUACUGAGUCCCAGACACGGGGCCACUCCCAGGGUGAAUGAUUCUGGUACCCACGAAGCAGAGUGCUCUCAGGGCCUCCUCUCCAGACUCUCCCUCCCUCUGUCCCCGGGGUUGUGAGAAAAUCUGCCUUACACUUGACAUGAAGACAAGCAUGUCAAGAAAGAAAGAAUCACCUGGCAAGACCAUGCUCACCUGUGAAGCCUAAGUAACUGUCCACUUUAUCUCCACUGAACAUCCGUCUGUUUGUGAUGGCCAGUGCUGGCUUUUAAUGUGGUUUCCAUAUCAGAAGUUCACAUUGUGAUUGACUGGCUUUUCCCCAGACUAAACUCUCAGGCAAGGCGUGUCUACGAGGCUUUAAGGACGUGCAUAGACGUGGGUACUAAUGGCAAUGGAUGGUAAUAAACUUGCUCUCCUACCAUCAUGCCUCCUGGCUCCUGUGAAAUGUUUCCGCAAGCCAAAUUCUCAGGGAUGGAAGUCUGAACACUCAUUUCCUGGGAGUCACUCCUCCCAGGAUUUCUUUAAGUUAAUUGGCUAAUUUCACUUACCGAAAGCCUUUGCCACGUGUGACUGGAGUAAGUUGUCAUUAUGGGUGUGAGUACACAUGUCGCACAGCACAGGGGGUUGCACUCGUCGUCAUCAUAGCCUAAUCUGUGUGUGUGUUCUUCACUGCACAAAAAGUCAAUCACUUGUCACACUGGAGUUUUUGAGUGUUUGCUUUACGUAAGUGUUGGCUAUUUCUAUGUUUUAUAAGCCAAAACAGAAUUUCCAAAAACAAUGAAGGAAACAAAAAUAAAUAUUUCUGCAUUUAAAAAAGAAAGAAAGACGGCUCAUGCACUAAAACUCUCAUCUUUUGGUUAAUGCCUAAAAUUCCAGAGAGGCAAUCCUUGAUUUAAGGGUUUAAUUUGUAAAAUAUAGACUAUCAGACUACCAAGGUAGAGUUUCUCUUUGGGACUGAGUAAUAACUACUAUAUUUUUAAAAAUAUAUUUUAUUGAUUUUUUUACAGAGAGGAAGGGAGAGGGAUAAAAAGUUAGAAACAUCGAUCAGCUGCCUCUUGCACACCCCCUACUGGGGAUGUGCCCACAACCAAGGUACAUGCCCUUGACCGGAAUCAAACCUGGGACCCUUCCGUCAGCAGGCCGACACUCUAUCCACUGAGCCAAACCCGUUAGGGCAUCACUACCAUAUUUUUAUACUGCACUUAUCUAAAAGUGAGAAUACUGUAUUUGCUCCAAAUCCACUUUGGGCAAAGAGGGUAGGCAGAGAAAGUAGAAAUAGGGAAACAGGACACACCUGGUAAGUACACAUAAAACAAACACAGAACCUAUUGAUGGUAGGCUAGCUCAAUUUCCUCAGAUUACGAAUAUGUACUGACAUUUUAAUUUUGGUAUUUGUUUUUUGACCUUUUUAGAUUAUAAUGUUUGGGACUUUGUCUGUUUUACUUUAAGGGGCCAUGCUUGCAAGUGAAUAUUACAAAUUAAUUUUCAAAUACUCUCCUAAUUUUCUAAACCUACUCCUGUGAUCUUAAUUUCUAUUUUUAUGUAUUUGCUCAUGUUAACGUAAAAACAUUCAAACUUGUAAAGAAUUUCUGUGAGUGUUUUAAACCAAACUGUCGACAAUGGCUAGGAAGCAGAAUCUCAAUGGAUCGGGAAAAUGCUCUGGAGAAUGGCAGUUUUACACCUUGUUUUAUACAUUACAAUCAAAGGAAGAGAUGUAAGUGGAUUACAUGAAAUCCCUUGGUGAUAGAUUAGGAAGGUGGGAAAAAGCAAAGGCGGGGGCGGGGGACCUGAGGAUUGGAUAAAAAGUAAAAUGAUAG